ACCGGCUCUGAAAGAGUACAACUUUCGACUGAUAUUCGGCUUUUUGAACCGCAAGAGACCUUUCAACUGGUGAUGUUUGUUCCGAGGUUUUCAAUAGGUAUGGAGAUUUUUGUCGGUCCAUGUAACAAUACUGGGGACAACUGUGUGAACAGUAUGGCGAGCAAGAACUGGGGCAUAUUGUGUAGGUGCUGCAUAGCUUUGUGGGGGCAAAAAGUUUAGCUUAGCAUUUCUUAUUGGCGUUGAUUUUGUUGGACAAUAGGGCACAUGUUGUCACAGCGAAUUCCACAUUGCGAUGGACAGAUAGCAGGUGACUGUGUUGAAACAUUAGGAGGACAGUGCUCUUGACAACAAGGCUUGAAGGCUUGACAUUAGUAAGUAGUUGUCGUAAAGUGGUUUUCAGUUUGUGUGUAGUCAGUUUGUAGUAUACCUGCGACAGUUUGAGAGGUGCCUCUGAUGUGGGGUAUAGUCGCUGUUGCAACAGGGCGAGAGUUGACGUUGUUCUGAGUGUCAGUCAGUUACUGAGAGUGUUCCUUCUAACGAAGUCUGUGUUGUAGUUGUUCUUACUAAAAACGUUGUUUAGGUAGUCUGUCUCAUCUUGUAGGCUGUCAGGUGAGUCGCAAACUACAUGUAGUUGCGCUCGUCUGGUCAAAGUCUGGAUAGUGCAAACGUAGGUAGGUACGUACAGACAACGUAUUGAUGAGAUCAAGCAAAACUAACUACAAGAGAACAACUGGAAAACUGACAAUUUGACUAACAAUAGACGUCUAUUUAACUGCGACAAUAGACAGAUAGAAAUGCACCAAUUACAUUAUGAGUCUUCACAGCCAAUAACAUCAGGGCUUAAAUGACAGACGACCAAUAACACUGCAAUGUAAUGGACCAAUUAGAUCAAUAACCAGAGCAUAAUACCAUCAACUGAUGUGAUACAACUCACUUUGACUCUGAAGAUGACUACCGAAUAGGUCGUCAAAACGUCCGUCACUGUCAACAACAACAGUCUUAUUCAGGACUAUGUUAACCUAGACGAUCAAAGUCAAUCUAUUAAUUUUCUAGUUAUUUAAUUGACCCUGAAAUGCAAACAUUGAGAUCAACAUACCUUGAAUUUGAUAAACUGGAUGCUAAGCUAAUGGUGAAAAACGAGCCCAGAUUCCUUUGUUGCUUUUUCGACAUUUUCAACACAAAGCCAACACAAGGGUUGAAACGGACAGAGUUUUGUGCAUGUGUACUAGUACCAAAUCCAAGUCAGAUGUCUUUCCAAUAUUUCUUAGUUUUUGCAUGUGAGUGCUGCAGAUGAAACUGGCAUUUAGUUUGAAUUGAUGAAUUGUUUUUGUGUGUUUCAAAGGUGUGCUGUAAUAAUAUUAUUUAGUUUACUUUUUCCAAUGCUCUUUUCCUUUUUAAUGACCUAUUUUUUGCUACUUUUUUGGGGGUUUUAUUUAACGAUGAAAGUAGCUGGCGGAAAUCCCCUGCCUUAGUGACAACCCUGAAAUUUUUUUGACCAUUUUAAUGUGCUGUACAUCUCCCCCUAUAAUUUCUAAAUGUUGGGCUACAUUCUCUGAAGGGUAGACGUCUUAAAUCAAGUCCCACACUGAGCAGGGAUCCAGGGGACCUUGACCUAUCAACUAUAUACUGCACAUUACGAUUGUCUUGUUCAUUAUUUAUGUCAGUAGAAAAAAGAAAAAUCUAAUUGGGAUCCACUUCAACACACAUUCAUUUAGGUGAUUCACAAAACCUAAGUCUCUUAGUGUUUUUGAUUUUUAGCAACAUUUAUUUUCUUAUCCACUUCCUUCUCGACAGAAAUAUCACAAAAGUGAUUUGUUGACGUAAUUGCCAUUUUUUAUUUUUCUUCAAGAUGCCAUUACAAUUCUCACUAUCAAUGAAGCAACAGAUAGCGAAUAUGUUAGCCAAUCGUAGUGCAGAAUUUGUGAUACCAUUUUUCACUGCUUUGCUUUUGCCAAUAACUUAGCAUUUAUCUAUCUUUGGAAGCAUAAUAAUACUACUUUAUUAUAGAAUGUAUUUUUAAAUGUCAAUAUUCAUGUAAAAAUCUCUUUCUUUCUUUAUAGGAAGCAAUCACAAGAGUGGUAGACUAAUGGAGGUUUGCAUUUAUGAGUGUGCAGUAGUGUUGGACACUGGAUGGAUGACAUAACAUGCACCUAGUACAAGGCAACUGGAUAAUAAAGAAGACAGACUAGAGGGCAAACAAGACAACUGACUAGGCAAUGGACUGGGCAAACUAGAACUGGCUGGAUGACAUCACCUAGUACAAGAACCUUGUUUAGAAGAGAAUGGAGUGGAUGGAUUAGAGGGCAAGUGAUAUGAGAUAUCAUGUGCACCUGGUUCAAGAGUUGGGCUGUGGAUUGUGGAGAGUCUUACAACAUCUGGUUUGUAUAUUGCAUGAUAUAUUAAUUGACUAGAAAUGGUAUGUUAGUUUAAUAUUAUCUCACUCUUUAAAUACCGUAAUAGCAAUAAUAAUAACAUCUAAAUCCUGGUGAUAAAAACUAAGUCAAAAUUUUUGGCCCCGCCCAGGAGGCCUGAAUGUGGGGUAUAGCUGGCCUGGGGUUUUCCUCCUAGGAGCAAGUGGAUGCACGUGGAGGUUUUUCACCCAGCUGUUGUUCCACAACCCCCAUUCACACAGCAUUUUCUUAAACAUGACAAUAGAACUUUAUUGUUAUAUAUCACAUAACAUACAAAAUACUCAUUUAACUACCCAGUUGUUGUAUGACUGAAAGAACUUCCUUAUAAUAGCUGUGGGUUUUUGAAAAAGAAAUUGCAGCCUUCAGAAAUUACUUUUAAGAAUUGUAAGAGGUUCCAGAGAAAAUUCUGAAAAUUUACAGAAAUUUCAUAUUUGCCUUUUAUUGGGGAAAUAUUUUAACACACCAGUCUGCAUCUAUUUGAAUUGGAGACUUUAAUAAAUUCAAUUUUGGCUUAAAACAGGUAACCUGUAGUUUUAAACUGCUCAUUGGAAUCUUGUUUAACAUUACUGGGCUUGCUAGAUGGGAACAUAUCCUUUGGUCAUUAAUUUGUUUUUAUUUUUAUCAAUGAUAAUUAUUGCUAAAUAAUUAUUACUAAUAGUACCAGUAUAUAGCAAUGUCAGCAGUCAACACCUCGCUGCCAAAAUUUGAUGGAAGGACAGGCAGCAUCAGCCUUUCCCAGGUUAAGAGCAAAGUUGUUUAUUUAGACAAGUAAUCUGAGAAAAAUUGGUUUCAAAUAUUAGGCCAACUGAUUGUUUAGCAGGGUUGUUCUGAAAUUAAUAAGCAAAGGAAGCAAUUAAAAACUGAGAACUCAUAGAAUUUGAUAAAAACUUAAUUUGUUUAUACUAUCUAGGGGUAAAAAACUUAAGCACUGAAACACAAGUAGUAAUCAAUGUCAUAGUUUGCAUAUUAUUAUUACAUUUCAGCCUGCAGGUACCCUGGGAAAAAUUCAGGAAAUCGUAUUUAACUUUGAAAUUUUUUGCAUCCAAAAUUGCAACAGUUGGCAAUAUUGCUUCCUUUGCAUAAUUAUUAUAAUUUUGUCAUUAGACCAUUUGCAUGAUUGUUUCAUAUAACUGCAAACUACCAGGAUUCUUUAAUAAUUCAAGGAUUAUGAAGACUUUGAUUCUUUGAAUUUCUUUGAGAUCACUGCAUUUAAAUAAUCAACUUAUGGGAAUUAACAGGAAUUCUGGUAGUACUUUAGUCAAGUGAAGCCAUUGUAAAACAUCAGUGGUCUGUUAUAAUCCUAUAUUAUUUACACAACAAACAGCAAGUUCAUUAGCACAAUUAACACCGUCCUUUAACCAGGCUUGAAUUAGCAUAAAUGGAACUUUCUCUAGCAUAAAUCAUUCUUAGCCAGAGACUAAAGUUAGUAUUUCUGUAUUGGCAUUGAAAAAAAAAAGUCAAUUUGAAUACGUUUUGGAUCACCUUUAUAUAGAACCACAAAGGAAAAAUUUAAAUUUUAAAAUUUAUCUCAAAUCUAAUUUUUUCGCAUACCACAAGGCAUAAGUUCUUGCUGCUUACUAAAAAGGAAACAAACAAAAACAAAACACAACCAAAAAAACUAGAAAAAAAGCUUAGGGUUAACCUUCAGUAAUACAAAGCUCUGGGUGUCAACUCAGGGACAUAAUUCAGGUUAGAUUUAAUAUUUAUUUCAUAUUUAUCAAUAUACUUAUUUAAUAGCGUUUAAGGUCAUCACUGGUGUUUUUUUUUACUUCCAACUUUUAUUCUAGUCCAAAUCUACAAAAAAAAUUAGCUUUUACAGUUGCAUCUUUGCAACGGUUUUUCCAUUGGAGAACAGAGUGAACUUUAAGAAUAGCUUUCAAACAUCCUAGGAGCGUAUUUAAGAGAGCAGACUAUUGGUUACUAUCACAUUCUCUUUAAUUCUGCUCGGAUUAUUAUUUAAUAAUAUGCACGUCCACAUUUCUUGGUGUUCCAAAAGUUCCUUCGUAAAUAUCAGUUGUCAGUUUGUAUGUUUUUGUUUUUUUUUUCACUCUAGGUUCUUGCUCCUUAGCGAACUAGCACGUUGCUAGUGGCAGCUAGUAAUGUUCCGUUUUAUAAAAACUCGUAAAAUAUUAGGGUUAUUACUAUUUCUCUUUUUCAGAAUUUUAUUACAACACCAAGUAAAAUAGGGCUGUUUGUGUUUUUAACGUACUAAUGGGCUUGCAUUUUCUACUUAAAAUUUAAGCUUCUUAUUUAAUUUCAGAUCCUAGGUGGCACACUCACAAGAUUAGGAGCCCAUCACUUGAGAAAGGUCAUGUUUAAUUUAGCCAACCUCGCCCCUGCUGGGCUCUGGAAGCUCUGCCUCUGAGAAGGAGUGUUUCUGAUGUCUUCUGAGAUAUUUCAACUUAGAAAUCCUGGGAAUCUAUCUGAUUCUGUAAUUCUUGCUCUGGGCAGAUGGGCACUUGGAAGAUUUGGCCGUUUGUUCCCAAGUGGGGAGGACAGUGUGGAGGAAGGUGA